AAAAUAAAUAUAAACACUACACCCCCCACAAAGCUCCUUUAUCUUUUUUCUUUCCAUCUCUGUGAUCUCUUUUUCUCUGCAACUCUCUCAUUUUGAUGUGAUUCUCCACCCACACACAUUAACAUAUCCAAAGAAAAACCUCAUCAAACUUUAUCAAAAGAUUCAACCAUGGUCUUCCCUUCUCUUCCAAUCUAUCUAGAUCCAACCAACUGGUCACAACAGCAAGCAGGAAUUGGUAUUGAAACUCAAAAUCCGUCGCAUCUGCAACAACCAUCAGCUUCAACUGUGGCAGGUAUCACAGUUAAAGCUGAUGGCUGCUAUCAAGGGUCUAUAAGACCAGGAUCAAUGACAGAUCGAGCUAGGAUUUCAAAAAUACACCAAAACGAUACCGGUGCUGCUGGAGUACAAAAAUGUCCAAGAUGUGAAUCAACAAACACAAAAUUCUGCUACUACAACAACUAUAGUCUUUCGCAGCCACGCCAUUUUUGCAAAGCUUGUCGUCGUUAUUGGACUAGAGGUGGUGCACUUAGAAAUGUUCCUGUUGGAGGUGGAUGUAGAAAGAAUAAUAAAAGAAGCAAAGGAAAUUCAGUAUCAAAACCGCCGUCUAAACCUAAUCGAAGUAAUGAUCAUCGCCAGGUCGGUAUUGGUGCUAUUGCAGGUGGGUCUAGCUCAGAAAAUGCAAAAUCUAAUGGUUGCAAUAAUUCUAAUGUGAAUAUGGGAAUGUCUCAUUUUCCAACUCAAUUCCCAUUUUUUCCUUCUUUGCAUCAUUAUAACAAUAAUGACUAUGUUUCUCAAGGCAUUGGUUCUAUGGUGACAAAAAAUAUUACCAAUAGUACUAAUGUUGAGUUUCAACUUGGUAGAGAUUCUUCGGUUGGUAAUAACAAUAAUGGAGAUUCUUUGUUGUUAUCAAAUGGAAUCGGCGAACAAUGGAGGUUUCUUAAUCCGCUACAAGUUCAUCAUCAUCAGCAACAACCGCAACCGCAACAACAGCAGCAACAACAACAAGGACAUAAUGUUCAACAAUUUCCUUUCAUGACAAAUUUGGAGCCACAAGUUGGAUUAUUUCAAUUUGGUGGAGAAAAUAAUGGUGAAACUUCAAGUUUUAUAAGUUCUAAGGCAAUGGAUUCUUCAAGUGCUAGUAUUGGAAUGGUGAAAAUGGAAGAAAAUAAUCAUCAAAGGUUGAGUUUGCCAAAGAUUCUCUUGAGUGGUUCAGGAAAUAGUAAUGAUCUAUUUUGGAAUGAAGUUCCUAGUUUCACUCCUUCAUCAAGUAACUUAUUAUGAUCCUAUGAGUCUAGUACUUUUGGUUUCUUAAUAGAGAGUCACAUAUUUUUAUGAUCAAUCAUAUAUAAAAAUAAUCCAAGGUAUAAUCAAUGUGUUAGAAUCAUAACUCACUUGCUAACCAUAGAAUAUUAUGAAAUUCCACAAAUAUCUAUGUGUGUUAUGAAAAAGGAUAAAGGAGAAGGCAUGGUUAUAAUAUAAUUAGGAAUUCAAUCGAGAGAGAUAAGUAAAAUCUGAUCAUUUUGUUUUUGUCAGGAUUUGAACUCGGAUUCUUCUGAACGAUUUUGAGUCCUAUUCCUUGGUUUUUAUCUAGAUGACAACCAAGUUUAAUGGUUUCUUAAUUAAGUAUAGCAAAUAGGAGAUUAAUCUUUGAAAAAAGUAUUGAUGUAUGUGUUUAUAUGAUUGUUCAAUGGUAAAUUUUUUGCUUUGUGUGAA